GUCAGUAUCAAACGGUUUGACGCGCACUAAAGCCCGGUGACCGACGCGACACCGUCGCGUUCGCCAUUUUGUAAAUUAAAAAAAGUAACGUUCCAAAUUUGAAGUGCUGUGAUAGACGAUUAAUUUUUUAAUCUCGUAGUUUGACAUUCCUUCGUUCCCGCCAAAUCAGUUUUAUUUGAAUUUAUAUUUUUUAAAUGGCGAGCAAAAUAGAUAUGGAAAAAAGUAAAGAAGUAACCGUGGACGAUAUACUGCAUAUUCUUGGACCGUUUGGGAAGUUUAAUAUAUUAAAUACUGUAUUGAUUUUAUUUCCUGUUCUAUUGGCGGGAAUGUAUUCUUCAGUGUAUAACUUUGAAGCGAUGGAUCUUAAAUACAGAUGUACAGUACCAGAUUGCGAAGACCCAUCCAUAGUGAACUACUCGAUACCCCAUACAAAAGAUGGGGAACCUUCCAAGUGCCGAAGAUACGCUCCCUUCACAAACAUUAGUAGCACAAACGAUACUUGUUCCCCACAGUACUAUGAUACUUCUACUGAAAUCGAGUGUGAUUCUUACGUGUACUUUGAAGAACAUUCUAUUGUUAAGGAGUUCGACCUCGGCUGCCAGGACUGGAAGCGAUCCCUUGUAGGAACAGUCCACAACGCGGGUUUCUUCAUAUCCAUACCACUGACCGGUCUGAUAUCCGACAAGUUCGGUCGACGCCUCGCGGUCGUGUUCGCGAGCGUUGCGAACGGCGUGUUCGGCGUCAUUCGCGCGUUCUCGCUAAACUAUGAGAUGUUUAUUGUGCUCGAGUUUCUGGAGCCGGCGCUGGGUGGUGGGGUGUAUACAGCUUGUUUUGUUCUUGCUAUGGAGCUAGUUGGUCCCAAAGGAAGAGUAUUCGUCAGUCUACUCUUCAACACAAUGUUCAUAUUAGGAGGGGUAUCAGUAACCAUGCUCUCAUGGUGGCUCCAGAACUGGCGAUACCUCCUCCUCAUCAUUUACACUCCAGCUAUCAUAACAUUCUUCUACGUUUGGGUCCUCACAGAAAGCUUUCGUUGGUUCUUCAGUAAAGGGAAGUUCGACGAAGGCAUCAAUGUACUAAAAAGUAGCGAGAAAUUCAACAACGUAUCCGUUCCAAAGGACCAUUACGAUCAAGUUGAAAAACAUGCAAUUAAACAGAGAGACGCAAGAAAGUUUGAGUCUUUAGAAAGCAACCAGUCGAGUGUGAGACAAAUAUUCAUGUCUGGUUUAAUAUGGAAAAGGUUGUUCAUUUGUUCCUUUUUAUGGACGUCGUCUACUCUCGUCUAUUAUGGUCUUUCGAUCAAUGCUAUAGAACUGUCCGGGAAUAGUUAUUUGAAUUAUAUAGUGGUGCUUCUAAUAGAGGCGCCGGCUAAUGUGUGCAAGCUGAUAUGUUUGGAUCGCUUUGGGAGGAAACGGGUGAUCGCUACUGCGUUCGUGUUGACUGGAGUUAUACUUAUUACGCAUCAAUUUGUGCCAGGUGGCAACUGGGCGACAACCUUCUACCUCGGCGGCAAGUUCUUUAUAACACUCGCGUAUAAUUCGCUAUACAUUUUCGCGGCUGAAGUGUUCCCAACAAAUUAUAGAACUACCCUCCUUGCUAUUUGUUCUACUAUUGGUAGAAUCGGGUCUACUAUUGCUCCACAGACACCGUUGUUGUCGAAAUACUACGUGUACCUACCAACAUUACUAUUUGGCGUAAUGUCCGCCAUCUCAGGUUUAAUAGUAAUGACUCUACCAGAGACAAACAACCAAAAGCUACCAGAUUCAUUAAAAGACGCGCAAGCGCAGGACAAAAAGAAAGACGACAAAAGCACAGACAACAAAACUAGAUUGUGAACACUGAAUAGUGAAGGACUGUAAUUAUAUCGAUAAAUUUAAAUAUCGAUUUUUAAAUGUGAACCGAUGUUUUAUGUGUUAAAUGUGGUAACUUUACUAAAAAAGUUUUUGGUGUUAUCAAAAAACAUAAAAUUGAAGAAAUAAUGUUAUGUGCUAUAAAAAGUUAAUUUGAAAAUUACAACAAUGUGUGUACAUUGUAAUUACUAUUUGAUACGACUUUCUAGAUACAUUCAGGAAAACAUGCAUGUAAUUAAGUCUGACUACAUUCAUGUGUGAAAAAGCUGUUUGAAAAAAUUACUCGUUUGUACUUUAAAACAAUACGAGGUGCAAAUUAUCAAUUUUACAAUUGAAUGGUAGAUAGCUAUAUUAGUAAUUAAGUGUAGCUCAUAGUAUAAAGUUGUACCCAUUGAUAUUUAUUUUUUCAUUAUUUUAAUCAGUCUACAUAAUUCUAUCAGUUUAUUUGAAAAUUGUGGCUCAUCAUAGAAAACACGGUUACUAAAUAGUUUAUCGUGGAAACAUACAAUGGUUGCCAGGAAUUGAACUUGCUCUAGGUUCUAGGAGGUCCUUACAACAACCUCACUAUAUUCGGGUCAAAACGAUUGAGAUAUUUUAUGAAGUUAAAGUAAAAAAUAAAAACAAUAUUUUUGUAAAUUGUUAAUUUUAAAGGCGAUUAAGUUUAUGCAUAAUAAAUGUAUAAAAUUAUAGUUAAGUUCAUUCAUAAAGACUUAUUGAAAUUACGUUAUUUAAAGUAUUUACUUCUUCAAUACAUAUUACAUUGAUACAAAAUCAAAAUACAUAUAGUUUAAUGCGUGUAUACAUAGUAGGUAUAUAAAUAUUUAUUAUGGAAAUAAUUUUAUGACAUCAAAUUUUGUAAAUUUUGAAAUACUAUAUAUUACAAUGUAUAGCAAAGAGUACAUUAUGUAAGAUGACACAAAGCAGCAUGUUUGAUACAAAAUUUGAUCUCACGUUGAGUUGGUUAAACGUUAAUGUAUUGUAAAUAUUUUUAUGAAGUGAUAAAAAUUACUAAAACAUU